AUGUUUAGCACUACGAAAUGGGUGCCCAAAAUUGCUCAAAAAGUGAUCAAAAGAGAAGGCUUCAAAGUUUCCGUUUAUGAGCCCGAUCAAUACGAAAAGAUAAGCCGGGACUACGAUGGAUUAAAUGCAACCCAUUUGGUCAACUAUCUUUUCAUGCGACUUAUCCUGUCAAAUGCUCAGUAUCUGCCAUCGUAUGCUGACGCUUUCAAGGAAAUGCCUGAGGAACCAUUAGUACUCGGAAGGAGACGACCAUACCCAUUGCCAUAUUUCCGCUUUAAAAGAACUGAUAAUCUAAAGGAAGUUCGUACAAAUUGUGUAGGAUUAGCCAAUCAACUAAUGCAAUACGCAAUUGGCAGAGUUUAUAUCGACUACGAAUAUCCUGAUGACGCCAAAAAGGAUCUCAUCAGAAAGAAAGUUGGAGGGAUGAUGCAAAAUGUUAUCCACUCAUUCCAAAGCAUGCUUGAUUCACUUGAUUGGAUGACCAAGGACACUAAGCAUAAAGCAUAUAAUAAAACGAUGGACAUAGUUCAAAAUAUCGCUUUUCCCGAUUGGAUUAUGGACAAUGACAAGCUUGACGAGUACUACAAAGAGCUCGAAUUGAAGAAAAAUGAUGAGAACUACUACGACAUGUGGACAAAACUCAUAAUACACAAUAUCGUCCUUAUGUACAAGCAGCUAACAUUCAAAGAAGCUGAUCGUUCUGAUUUCCUAAGUCAACCUGGCACAGUUAACGCCUGGUAUAUGCCUGAACUGAACUCAAUCACAUUCCCAGCUGGCAUUCUUCAACCACCAUAUUUCCAUCCGUAUUGGCCCACAUCCGUCAACUAUGGUGCUUUGGGAGUAGUUGCAGGUUCGUUUGUUCACAUAGUUUCGGUGGUGUGCUCGUUAUGUGUCCUAUACAACAUGUAA